AUUGAAAAUAAAUUAGAAGAUGCAUUAAAGAAUCAAAUGAUUACAGAUGAUAUGGUUAACAAAUUGACAUUAAAAAUUGAUAAAUUUUCAGAAUUGUUAAGCAACUCAAAAUUACCACUUAUUAAAAAUAACAGUUACAGUAGUUCUUCAAACAGUUAUAAUUAUUCGAAUGGUUCGUCUUACGAUAAUUCUCGCAGAGGUCCUGGAAGACCAAGAAAAGAUGGCUCACCUGCUUUAUUCGAUAAAUUUAAUAAUGACUCUUCCUUAAAAUCUUUAUUACCAAUAGGCUCCAUGCAGAUUUCAAAAUCAAAGCGUUAUUUCAUUGAUCCUAAGGAAAAAAUGGAUAUUGCAUUAAAACAAAAAAAAUCAAUGACCGCAAGUGAAUAUUCUGCAAGCUUGGAGAAAAGAAGAAGGGGUAGACCUCCAAAGAAGAGAACUGUGGAUACUGUCAUCAUCAAUUUCGAUCAUGAAGAUGACACUGAAGACCUGCCAAGUGAUUCUAAUAACUCUGAAGGUAUCGAAGAAGAUUAUUUGGAUGCAAACAAUGAUAUAAUUGAUUCUUCUAAUGCUACACCAAAUCCAUCUGGCAUUAAAAAUAUUUCAGUAAAUGAUAAUAUUUCUUCAAGUCCACCUUCUGAUAAUUCUUUAGUUAAUGGUGACAAACUCAAACUUCAUGAUGAAGAUGCGGGUUCUGAUCUAAAUUCUAGACAAGAAAGAGAAUUAAAUAAAAGACGCGAUGAUCGUGAAAAGAUGUUGGUCAACUUGAAAUAUAAUGAUAGAGAUAAGGCAAAAUCAUUCAUGGAAUCAAACAAGAAAUUACUACAAGCAAUGAAGGAUGAAGAAAAAAGAAAAAAGCUAUCUCAAACAUCACAAGAGGAUGUAUCAUCACAAUCUACAGUGAUAACCCAAGUAUCUACACCAUUUUACCCUUCAUCAAAUGUCGUAUCAGCUCAUGCUAAUGAUGAAACAGAAGAUGAAUUAAAAAACAAGAAUUCUACAAUGGCUAGUGAAACACCUAUUUUAAAUUCUGAUGAUUCACAACCAUUAUCACAAUUUCAUAUAUCAAAUGGUGAAAAAUCUGAUGUCACAGUUAAACAUGAACCUCCUAGUUUAAAACGUACAAGAUCAAACGAGGAUGAUGAUGAAAGUGUGAUAAUUGAGGAAGAUAUGGAUGAUUCCAAAUUGGAUGGUUCUCAAUCACAUCGCCAUUUAAGAAAACGCAGAGCUACUAUUGAGAGAGACGAUGAAUCAUCAGUAGUUGCAGCAGGCUCAAAAGUUGCCAAUACUUCAACAGAUAGUAAAUCAACUUUAUUAUCUGACAAUCCUAUAGAACUUGUAAGUAAAGGAGGUCUGUUCUACCGUCGUGAUGAUAUGUCCAAUCCUAUUACAAUUGGUGAAUAUCUGGAAUUUAAAUUCAGAGAUAAAGAAGAGGAGCUGACGAAAGCUCACUCCGGAGACAGUGCAUAUAUUGAGUUUACUAAGCAAGAUAGAAUGAAUGCACAUUUCUUCAAACCUGCAAUAGAACUUGAAACUGAAAAUGCAUACCAAAUACUCAGUAAUACAAUUCUAACUGAAAAAUAUGUUAAUAGUUUAGAAUUUUUCUUGAUGGAGUUCCGUUGGGAAAACAAGCUGGUCGGGUUAGGUAUGAAGUUAAGAGAAUCUAAAAGAACAUGGCAAAGAAGAAAGGCUCUGUUUGCUUUAUUUGAAUUUUGGAGGGAUCAAUCAAGAGAAAAGAGAAAUUUCAAAAACUUUACAAUUUUGCACGCAGUUAAAGAAAUGGAGAGUUACAGAAUUUUCAUUAAUAGAUCUGUUUCAUGGUUCUAUAACCACAUAACAUUAUUGAAAAUGAUAUUAUAUGAUUUAUGUGAUAAUAUCGAAACACAUUGGAGAGAGUGGAUGUUUCCAAGGGAUAAACCUAUUCCAGCUAUCGGAAUUGAUGGGGUUGAACCAAGUAAUAUUAACAGAACUAUCGAUAACAUAUUAACACUAGAGUUUUUAGAGGAUAAUAAUGACGGUAAAGAUGAUAAAAAGUUGUCUUAG